CGCCGUGUUUAUCACCAUCGCGAAGGCUUCCCCACGGCAGCCGCCGGGUGUCGCUCCACCUGCUCAUCGUGGCGCCACGCGUGGCGCUGGAUUCGCGCAUGGUGGCAACGCGCCGCGCCGAUGCUGCCGAGUUCCAGUGGUCCCGGGAUCCGCAGCCGCCGCCACCGCUUCGCCUUCCGCUUCUACCCUUUUCCCCAGUCGAAGCCCGCGGGCUCACUUGCGGCAGCGGCGGCGCUCACUUGGGAGCUGAGUCCGAAGCUGAAGCCAUGGGGAGGAGGGCGCAAGGUCUCGGUAGCGCUCCCCUGCAUCCCUUCUGGCGUUGAGGCCCUCUGGGGCUCGACAUCGACGACCAAGAGGGGGAGCUUCUGAGCUCUGACGGCGCCGGCGAGAUGGAUGCUGUAUGCGAAGUGUGUGGUGAUGUUGGCUACAGGCAUCUUUUGGUACAAUGUAACAGCUGCAAGAAUGCUACUAGGCACCUAUAUUGUUUGAAUCCGGUUAUUUAUGAUGGCUCAUCAAUUGAAUGGUUGUGUGAAGAUUGCCUCCCUAAACCCAAUGAAGUUGCGGAAUCAUUGAAGUGGAUGUGCGAUGACCACCACCCUAUUCAAUGGGGUUCUUUUAUAAUUAAUGAACCAAAUGUCGAUGGAGUGGAGGUGACGAAGGAACCAUGGUCAUGGGGGCAUCGUAGACAUAGAUCACACAAGGCAAAAAUAUGUAGUAUUUGGGGGCGUCGUAGGCAUAGAUCGCGCAAGGCAAGAAGAGAUAGUACCGAUGCUUGCACUAAACAUUUUCCAAGUGGAGGUACAUUCAACUCUUCCGAAAUGUUCGUCGAGGAAAAGGCAAAGCACAAUGAUGUUGAAAAGGAAGGGGAAAGUAAAAAGGAUCACUUAAUUUAUCAGCUAGAAAGUGCUGAUGGUUCAAGUCACUCGGCUCCUGACCUUGCUGCAGAAAUACGAAAGACGAUGGUUGAUGUUGAACCUACUAUGAACACUAUGGAGUGUAUGGACCUCUCAAAAGAAAAGGAUAGCUGUUCUUUGUCACUGAAUUAUGUUGAAGGGUCCAUUCCUUUAAACUGUGAUGUUGAGAGAUCCCAUCCAUUUGUUAGGGAUGAUUCUUGUCCUACAGUACCAAUUGUGGAGCAGGAAGAUGGUUCUAGUCAUUCAUUGGAAAUUGCAAAACAGUCUCAUCCUUUGGAGGUGGUUAAUCCAGAUGGUACAAGCUGUGCACCCUUGGACCCUGCAUUAAAAAUUGAAGAACAAGGAACAGAGGCAGGCUUAUUUGCUUCAGUUAAUAAUGUUGAGCAAUCCCGUUCGUCUUUUACUGAUGGAACUGCUCCUACAUUGCCAAGCGAGGAGCAUGGUGAUGAUUCUGAAACAUCAAAAAGUUGGGAACAACCUGACCCUUUGGAGGUGGUUAAACCACAGGAUGAUGCACCGAAGAGUAUCCUAGGAUCCAAGCCUCCAUCAAAUUACUCACAGCCAAUGCAAGUAUCAGAUCUGGGUGUUGAGAAUACGGAUGUCUUGGAUCCUUCUAAAGAGUACUUGGACUUAAAGUCAAUGUCGAAGACUGUAGAGCCAUCAAGUUCCUCAAAUGGAGGAGACUCAGCUGUCGAGAAGUACCAUGCUGAAAAAACAGAAUGCUUGUUAGGCACGGAAUCUAUCACCCCUGCACUGGAUAACGUCCAGGGAUCAAGUCCCUUGGCAGAGCCAUCAAGUUCCUCAAAUGGGGGAGGAGAACCUGCUGUUGAGAAAAACAGCACUGAAAGAACUGAAUGCUUGUCAGGCAUGGAAACUGUCACCCCUGCACUAGAUAAUGACCAGGGAUCAAGUACCUCUACAGCAAAAGAUUGCUUAGUUUCUGAUGUAGAUAACUCAGAUGAAGCAAAUAGAUCAGGUAAACAUUUUCUGUGCACCAUAGAAAACGAGAGAGGGCAAUUGGAGGUCUAUUGCAGUCACAAUGACCAUAAUGAAAGUUCUGAUCCCAAGUCAGGGCUGAAGGGAAGGGAUACUCAAAAUGAUGUACCAAAGGCUUCAGUUUCUGCUGUAAAAAAUGUGGUUUGUAGCCAAUUAUCACAAAUGGAAGAUGUUAACAGUGAGUCAUUGCCUUCCAAUAAUUUUAGCCCAUGCAAGGCAACACAAAGUAGCUUUAAAAAGCAACCAAACAGAGACACUCAACAUCAUACUAAACAUCAGAAAAUCAAGCUCAUUGUGAAAGAUAGGAACGCUGAUCAUGCGCAGCUGAAAAAUUGUAGGCCAUCAAAGCAGCUUGAUCAUACUUGCCUAAGUGCUUCCUUGGAGUUGUCUUCAGAGGCUAAGGAAUUAAAUGAUGCAGUGCCAAGAUGUUCUAGUUCUGCUCAAACUUUUGAGAAUGCCGUGCCCAUGAAAAGAAAACGACUUAUUGUACCACAUAGUGAAGAUGCCGAGGCCAUGCAUGUGGAAAAUUUGAACCCUCCAUGCAGUGAGAAUGAGGGGCAAGUAAGGAUGCAUAAGAGACAUGUAGAAAGUGCUGUGAUGAACCAGAGAAGAUCUGCAAAAAACCAUGAGGAAGUGUUGCGUUCAGGAAAUUCAAAUGAACAACACGUCAAUAAUCAUACGCAGACAAAGAAGCAGAGAAGGGCCACUAAAGACAAAAAAGCACCUGUAGGGAAUCCUAGUGUUCGGUGCGCACCGAAUGAUGCUGAGCAGUUGGCAUCAGAAGCUGCAGGGACCCUCGGCCACUGCAGCCUAUCCAGGAUGCCAGUUGUUUCGGCACCUACUGAUCAACAAAGCUUUAUUUGUCCACAACCCAUUGAUAGACCUAAAUGGACUGGGAUCAUGAAGAUUGGCCAGGAGUAUAUUCCAUUGGCUGCACACCUGUCAAAUCAAGCAUCCAAGAAGGUGCAGGAAUUAUCACUUUCAUUACCACCAGUUAUGAAAGUAACCAAGCAUUCGGAGUUGAAAGCCUGGCAAAGUAGAUGGGAGGCAUUGGAACUUACUGCUGAAAACAUCAGCUUGUAUUUCUUUUCGGAUAAUAUGAGGCCAAAUAAAGAGCUGGAUCGACUAGUGCAGUAUGUCACUGAUCAUAGCAUAGUUCUCAAAUAUGUUGUUGGACUUUCCAAGCUGCUAAUCUUCCCUUCUGUUCUUCUACCAGAGCAAUGUCAAAUGUUCCAAGGGAGGAAACACUAUCUGUGGGGAGUGUUCAGGCGCAGGUUAGGUAGGAGCAAAGCAGCUACCCAAGUGAAACAAAAAGUCUCAACGGUCUCUAAAUCACACACGUCCGAGAAAAAGGAUCAUCAAGACAAGAUGCAAAGCGAUGCCCAGAACCAAGAAAUGCAUGUUUCAAAGGGUACCAUGCCAUCAGGGAGCCAGCCGACACCAGAUGCUGUCCAUGACGUUGGCACCGAGACUGAUCUCGGUGAUCAUAAAAAGCCCCAAGCAAAUUCAGAAGCUCCCCCAACCAAGCUGCUUGGCCUUGUCGUUGCGCAGACGCCAAGAUCAGAGCAGUUUAUCAAGGAGCUGGAAAACGAAGGCGCACUGGUGUUUGCUGUGAAGGGCAUAGUGAAGCCCGCCCCUGAAAGGCUCUAGGCCUCCAGCGCUGUAGGAUCAGAACUAACCUGCGACAAUGGUGCUCCAUCUGCUGAAGCGUAGCUGUAGCUGUAACCUUUUGUGAUGUCUAGGGCCGAAUUAGAUGGUCGUUAUCCAUUUAGGAGUGUAGGCUGUACCGAACUGAAGCUGAACUGGAGCCCAUUUCAAUUUGUCGCGUUUGCAAGACUCAAAAUGGUAAUGAGCAAAGUCUAGCUAAGAAAGAUGUUCCCUUGUGCCGUGCGCAUUGGUGUUCAUUCUCUACCGUGUGCUGUCCUUUUCCGCUCCGGUCAAGUGUAAAUGCUGCAUGAAAUGGUUGCAACCUCUGAAAUUUUUAGCAUGUUGAUUUUGAGGUGUCCCGCAUCCGGUGAAAUGUAAAUGCUGCUGUUUCUGGUUCA